GUGGGGGGUUUAAAGCGUUCUGUUUUGAAGGCGCUGAAAUUGACCCCGAAAUGCAGCAUGCCAUAUGGGAUAGCAUGGGAUGAUCGACAAGCUGUUGUACGUGACUCUCGAAGCGGGGCCUGCCACCUUUGCUUGCGAGUUAUAGUUGACUUGAACAACCAUGUACACAUAUUUUCCGAUCAACCCAACCAGAGUGUUGACUAGAAGUUCCCGGACUUAAACACCUCGUGUUAUCGUGAGACCUCGCAAAGAUUUCGAGCUAUUCAGUACCUAAAUCAGUUGCCCCGUCAUGGAACCAAAGGUUGAGAUACACGUUUCGGAGAAGCGUGAGAGAAUUGCAACCAACCCUAAGACCGCUGAUCAUCCUACUCUGAAUGAGCACCCAAUUUCAGGAGACACGAUAUUUUCGACUUUGAACCGUCCAUGGAUGGAUCGUGAGCAUACGUUGAGAAAUAGUUUGAAAGAGGACUUCCCGCGAGAAAUCCAAGGCCACGAUAGAGAUGUCAUGGAACGCUGGAAGAGCCAACCAAUGGUGGAUGACCCAUACCAUAACAUGUAUUCGAUCAUCGUCCCUACGAAAACCGGCGAAUCUAAAACUUCCAACAUUGAGCCGUCAAAGCCUGCAAAGCCCACCAGUGAAGCAGCCGCUACCUCAGGAUCGAAGUAAACAGAAACCAGCAACGUGGAAUGGAGAAAAGGGAUCAGUGCUAGAAGAAAAUAUAAGGUAGAAUGUAUUCGAGAUUGUAUUUGGUAUCUUCCAGAGUCUAUAAA